GGUAAAUGGUUUCAAAAUCUUGCUGGCAUACUGACGCUCAGCCAUUCCAAGAUUGACUGUAGAAGAGAUUUUUAACCUUUUAAGUCAUAGGAAUCAAUCAAUAUCUUCCUAAGCCAUCACGCAAUAAAAUCGCUACAAGUUAACAAUGAAAAGUUUUGUGCUUGUUGCAGUCGUUUUCCUGCUCCACGUCUUAAAAGCAGACGGACAAAAUAUUUUCGACAUGAAUCCAACCUUAAGCGAAACACCAUUGUGGCAAUGUGUCAGAAGAAAAUUCUGCGAAUGUGGUGAAGAAAAUGAGGUCAAGAAAUGUACAGACUUAAUAGAAGAUUCGACAUUUCGUUUUAUCCUAAACAAUACGGAGAUCUGUGUUGGAAUUGAAGACAGAACUGCGAAAGGCAUGAGUUGGAUUUGUGACGAUGCAUCAUCAUACGAGCGACAAUGUGGAGAGCAAAUAUUUAACAACUUGCUCAGUCCGGACUUCGCAACAGGUGUAGGACACGUUCUUCAGUUAGAAUUUACAAAAGCUGAAAGAGUACGCGAAGUUCGCAGCUUCUCCUUUUUUGUUUGUAUUGCAGAACUUCUCACGAGGUGCGUAGUUUAUCCCGAUGAAUGCUGAAAAUGGAAGGUUCUUCACGUCUAAUGAUGGACUGAAACAUUUAGUAGAAUCUAUAAAAAGAAGCCCAUUUUAAUCGCAUUGAACAGUUUUUAAAGUACAUACACACAGGACAUCAUGCUCCAGGAUGAAUACCGACUUGCACUAAGUUACUGAACAGGAUUAUGUAUAGCAUUUCCUGCUGUGAAGAAAUAACUAAUAAAACAAGACCAGAGAGUAGCUCGAACCAACAAUUAAAUUCUGUUAAGUAAUGUAUAAAAGAAAAAAAAACUUGAAAAUAAAUUUCUUAAAUUAA